AAAAAAUCAGCAUAAAAGCCACCUGCAUUCGAUUUUAAAGCACUAAUCGAUUCAAGAGAACAGUCUUCCUUUCCCAUUUCACGACUGAGGUACCUCUCACUCACAGAUUGCUCGUCGAUUGACAAUGCAAGCGGGCAACAGUUAUUUCAAUGACAACACUCCAUCAAUCGUUAUUCGAAGCCUCUUCGACAAGUAUGACAAAGACGGAAGCGGACGACUGAAUUGCAGCGAGCUAAAUGAUCUUUUACAAAAAGAUUUGGGAUUUGUAAAAGAGGAAGCCAAUGCUUACUCUUUACUGCUGGAUAAAGACGGAGAUCAAAGCAUUUCUUUCGAAGAAUUUCUCGAUUGGCUUCGUAGCGGAGAGCGUUUUCAGGUUAUCAACGAUAAAGCCAGGUUCAAGAAUCUCUGUAAAGCCGUGGAAUUGUUUAAAACUUAUGACAAAGACAAUAGUAAUAACUUGAGCAAGGACGAGUUCAAAGAUCUGCUUGACUCGCUAGGUUAUAAAGCAGUCGACGUGGAGAGGUUUUUCGAAUACCUGGAUCAACACAAGAAUGGAAAGAUUUCGUUUUGGGAAUUAAUGAAGUGGCUUAACUGGGUCCCCGUAGAAUAAUCACAAACUACAAUUUGUAAACAAUCAACUGGUAAAUAACUAUUGUAUCUCUAUGAAAUAACAGUUAAAAGGUAGAUUCAAUCAAAUGCACCUCCAUCAGUUCUAAAGAGCUUUUGAGAACGUAAGUGUGGUUUUACUUACACAUCUACCUUUUAUCAAAGGUCAAAUUUAUAUUUGGAUCUCAAGAUAAACACAUGAUGUUGGUUUUGAAGCUCUUUUGCUUUUAUUUAGUAGGUAAAUAACUCUUAAACCUAACACGGCAGCUGAUCGCAGAUUUUUGUAAUCCUUAAACUGACCACUCGUUCCCUUUAUCUCGUUUGUGUGUUAAUACUCUAACAAGAGUAUGAAUAUUCUACAUGGCUUCCACCGAAGCUGUGCUACAAUGUAAAUGUAAAUAAUUUGAAGUCAUUAACUGCUGAUUACUUUGCAACAAAGACAACUUAGAAUCAAUAUCUUAUUUGUGCUCGGUUAAGCUUGAACAUAUGACCGUAGAACAAGUGUUAGCCAACACUGGUGCUCACAAAGUAUACUUUAAUUGUCAUUGAGCGCUUAAGCACUUGAAAUGACCACCCACUCCUGUUUCUGUAAUGUAUCUUGACAGUGAACUAAGGCUAUUCUUUCAUGUAAUUAUUUCUUAUCCAACCAUAGGGCCAGAUUUAAAACUAACAAACACAUUCACAGUAUCCAUUGGGGGAAGCCGAGAAUCCAAUAUUUAGCUAUGUUUUCAUUUGAAUAGUUGAGUUACCAUGGAAAAAAGGUGAACUUAUUGUGUGUACUGACAAUGGCCCAAUAUGUAAAGGCCUGCGCCAUGUCUAACAGAAUUGAACAUUUUAAAGAUCAGUAUUGGAUUUAUCAUUUUUACUUGUAUUUGUGAGUUACCUUCUUUCAAGCCAAGGAUUAAAACAAGAAUGUAAUAACUGA